AUGACGCAAUACCAGGCUACAAGUACUUUCUUCCUGCUACUUCUAUCAUCCACACUAGUUAAAUCAAGUGAGCCUUGGCAGUAUAGUUUUGAGCACCCCAAAGAGGAGUCUCCGGACGAUGAUGAUGCAAUAAUAGAGAGACGUUGGCAGCUUGGAUACGAGAACUUUCGACUUCGCUGCGAAAAAUUCGAGAUGGAAGGUAAUCAAACCGCUGCCGUAAGAACUCGAAUAGCUGGCGGAGAAUUGGCCACGCGCGGCAUGUUUCCCUAUCAAGUGGGUCUGGUGAUUCAGCUCAGUGGCGCAGAUCUGGUCAAGUGCGGUGGUUCCCUUAUCACUCUUCAGUUUAUUUUGACUGCAGCCCAUUGUCUAACCGACGCCAUAGCUGCAAAGAUUUACACGGGCGCCACCGUAUUUGCCGAUGUAGAAGACUCCGUGGAGGAGUUACAAGUCACGCAUAGAGAUUUUAUAAUUUAUCCUGAUUACUUGGGCUUUGGGGGAUAUAGUGACUUGGCUUUAAUACGACUGCCAAGAAAAGUGAGAACUUCAGAACAAGUGCAGCCCAUUGAGUUGGCUGGGGAGUUCAUGCAACAGAACUUUCUGGUAGGCAAAGUGGUGACCCUAUCUGGCUGGGGUUACUUGGGAGAUUCAACCGACAAACGGACGCGACUUCUACAAUACUUGGAUACGGAGGUGAUCGAUCAGGAACGCUGCAUCUGCUAUUUCCUGCUAGGAUUGGUUAGCCAGCGACGCCACCUGUGCACCGAUGGAAGCAAUGGACGUGGUGCCUGCAAUGGCGACUCCGGUGGCCCCGUGGUGUACCACUGGCACAAUGUCAGCUACCUGAUUGGGGUCACCUCGUUCGGCAGUGCCCAAGGAUGCGAGGUAGGAGGGCCCACUGUCUACACCAGGAUAACCGCAUAUUUGCCAUGGAUCCGACAGCAAAUGGCAAUGACCAACUAAAUGCAAUUAACGCCUAAUUGCAGCCCAUUAAUUGCUAAAUAAUAUAGU